UCACACCGGCCAAUCCCCAACACCUCACGCUGUCGUCUCUACUCUCCGUCUCUCCCAAACUCUAAACAUGUUCUCCCGCGUAGUCUCCCUCAUGGUUUGCAUGCUGGCUGGCGCCGCCGCUUUCAUGGCGCCAUCGGUGACCGUGCGAUCUGUGUCGCGACCGACAAACAGCUUGUCCAUGGCGGACGUUACCUUCCCGGGAGGAAAGAAGACCAAGGCCAACGGAGGCGCCCCCCUGAAGACGGUAGCGCAGAAGGCGGGCUACAAGGCAGCGUACGGCUGCGAGGAGGGCAAGUGCGGGACGUGCGAGCACAAGGUGAACGGCAAGAAGAUCAGGCUGUGCAUCGGCAAGCUCCCCGCCGGCGCCGGCCCAUUCACGUUCACCCAGUAAAUAGAGGAUACAGGGGUCGGGGUCGACACAGGGACACGGAAAGGAGGCGCAUCAACGCCUCAUCUACAUCACAGGAACAGGGGAUCCAGUGACUGGGAACCCCCACCCGCACCACGAAGAAAAACGGGGACAGGCAAUGCGACGCAUGGACACGCCUCAUUCACAAUUAUCACAGUUUCAGCUUUGUUUUUUCUUUUGUGUGUCAAUUUUCGGAUCAAGAUCUCGUGGAGGCGUAUUCCGUCUGUUUGACACGGUGGGCACCCGCGGCGGAUCGAGGUGGGGGCAAGCGCGGGAAGAUAUCGCCAACAGGACGAGGUCAUCAUCCUCUGGCCAUGGUUUCGUCGCUCGGGGCGCCAGGAUGCCUUGUGCCUCUAGACUAUUAAUAGAGUAUUCACGACCAACAUGUUGCAUAAGCAGUUUGAACGUUGCCGUCGGGGUCUUCAUCGCAAACCUUUCUAGAAACUUUGGAUAACGGGGGCGUCAGCUGUAACAGUUGUCUGCCUUGUGCAACAGCAGCAAGCUGUUGUAAGCGUGGAGCACUAGUGCUCGGAGCUCUCGUUGUCUUCUCUUAGGCAAAACGGAGUAGUCUACAUACUUGUUUGACGGCAUCUUAUAUGCACGACUUUACGUUUAUAGGGUCGGAAGGAUAUAUCGUUGACAUUUUAGAGAGGUAGGGAUCACAGUCCAAAGAGAACUGAGAAAGUCUGUGCUACGCACGCGUGGCCUACUGGAAGCUAUAAUUUGCUCGUUUCAUCGCAAACUGAUUACAUCUCUCGUGUUUCAUUCUUUUUUGCGCGCCAGCGUAUGGGGGAAGUCAGGAGCCCACCACCCCCCCCCCCCAAGGUNC